AUGAGUGUUCACGAGUCCCCCGAAACCCAAAAAAGAUCUCUAGAUGAUGAUCACCUAGAGGAGGAUCUUGCGAUCAAGCCAACACAGACUGCUCAAACUGCCCAUCAUGAUGUCGUCUUUGGGGAAAUCAGCGAGGACGGUCCUAACUACCGCAAUGUUGGCUUUGUUGGAACAGUGAUUCUCAUGAUGAAGAGCCAGAUUGGAUUGGGAAUUCUCUCCAUCCCAAGUGCCUUCAACGCACUCGGAAUGGUUCCAGGCGUCAUUGUGCUUGUUGGUGUUGCCGCGCUCACUACUUGGUCCGAAUAUGUCAUUGGCCACUUUAAGCUCAACCACCGCGAAGUGUAUGGAAUUGACGACGCAGCAGCCUUGAUGUUUGGCCCUAUCGGCCGGUGGGUCUUAUCGGUUGUAUUUUGUCUUUACUACAUUUUCGUAAGCGCUUCAGGUAUACUGGGCCUCUCAAUCGGGUUGAAUGCAGUUUCGACACAUGGAUUAUGUACCGUCGUCUUCGCCGUCAUUGCAGCGAUUCUUGGCUUCGCAACCGCGAGUGUACGGACUCUUGGUCGUAUUACCUGGCUGGCAUGGGUUGGACUUCCAUGUGUGAUCAUAUCGGUAAUGAUUGUCACGAUUGCUGUCAGUCUUCAGGACCGCCCUUCCUCCGCACCCAAGGGCGAUGGACCCUGGACUUCCGAUUUCAAAAUUGUCGGCAGCCCAACAUUUGUCGAAGGCAUUACGGGGGUGUCGAACCUCAUUUUUGCAUUUUCAGGCACACCUGGAUUCUUUGCUAUUGUAUCGGAGAUGCGUAAUCCUCGCCAAUUCACCCCAGCACUCCUCAUCUGCCAAGCCACUGUGACUUCCAUCUACCUCAUCGUGGCUUGUAUUAUAUACUAUUAUUGCGGCUCUUAUGUCUCGUCGCCCGCCCUCGGUUCCGCUGGUGGCCUUGUGAAACAAAUAUCCUAUGGGAUCGCGUUGCCCGGGUUGGUUGUUACAACAACGAUAGUCACACAUAUCCCAGCCAAGUAUAUGUUCGUUCAUAUCCUUCGUGGGUCUCGGCAUUUGACCAGCAACAGCUUUACCCACUGGAUCACCUGGCUCAGCUGUACAUUGGGCGUCACUGUAAUCGCAUACAUCAUUGCCAGCACUAUCCCUGCAUUUGACGCCUUAGUGUCUCUUAUUGGAGCAUUACUUGGGACAAUUCUUUGUUUACAACCUUACGGUUGCAUGUGGCUGUACGACAAUUGGUCUGGGGACAGAGGAAAAAGAUCAUGGUGGCCAAUGGUCUUUCUCAGUGUAUUUGUGGUGGCCUUUGGAUCAUUUGUUACCGUCGGGGGUACAUAUGGAACUGUGAUCGGCAUCAUGGACUCCUACAAAGCGUCCGGUGGUGCUUCUGCCUUUUCCUGCGCAGACAAUUCCAACUCGACUUGA